GCUAAAAAUUGUAUUUAUCAUUUUCCGGUCGAUUCACGUACGUUACGUAAAGUCAGCGACAACAGCUUCAUUCAGUUUGUGCUCGUGCAGCAAACAAUACUGAAGAAUGAAGCGCCAUCUAUUUCUGUCGCUGAUAGUCGCGUGUGCCUUCUGCGCGCACAUCGAUGCUUCGGGUGAAAGUUUAGGAGAUAAAAUUGUGGAAAAACUGAAACUUUUCGGUAUUUGGUAUUCGUCGACGGCUUCGAAUCAUUCCAAGACAGACGCCGAGCUUGAAGCGGAACAGGAAUCGUUACGAUACUUGCAUCGUAAUAUUGUCAAGAAUUUGAAUCCAUUACAUGGCCGUUGUGAAAAUCCAAGAGCGUAUAUAUGCGAUUCGUAUUGGUUCGAAUGGACGAAGCCGAAAGAAGAAAAUUUGAUUCGGAAUCCGUUGAAGGUGCGAUUUCUGGACAUUUUUCAAGAUGUGGAAAAUUUAUUGAGUAAUCCAAUAGCCAAUUACGGCUCUAAAGCUCUAUCCGUAGAGCAACGGCUGUACCAAGAUUGCAUGGCAACUGAGGCUCAUUCAGUGACUCUGGAAAAUCAAAGCAUAGUAGAAUUGGCAUUCAAGCAUUUUAUUCAUAACGCAUCGUUAAAGUCAUGGCAAAUAAUAGAUAAGGAAUUAGCCGAGAUGGGAUUUGGUUAUGCCUUUUUUGAUGUCAGCGCCACCGCCAAUCCUGAUGAGCCAAGUCAAAAAAUCAUUCUAUUAGAACCCCCCAAAUCUGCCGUUGCUGCGUUUGAUUCAUAUGAGUCACUGGAAAAAGUAAUGAACUCAUUAAAUGCAAAUCCAGAACAGAGGGAGAAUUUCGAAUUGGCCAUGCAUUUUUUCACAGCUUUGAAAAGGGUGGCACUGGAUAAACAUGACGUUGUAAAAAUAACCAUACCCAAAUGGUAUGAAUUUUACUUUGGAGAAACCAAUGGUCGUGGAUCCCAAUCGUCUGAGGUUUUCUGGUUCGAAAUGUUUCAAUUGACGUUUAACAAGUAUAAAAUGGCUGAAAUCAAUAAAUCGCAUAUUCUGGUGAAAAACAAACAGUACUUCAAACUUUUAGAAAAGCAUUUGCGUCUGUUUUCGAAUAAGCAGAAUCGUAUAGUUAAUAUUCUUGCUGUGAAAUGGAUUAUUGAUAAUCUCAAAUACAUCAGCUACGAUGCGUGGACCAGCAUGCACAAUCAGGACAAAUCAUCGUACUGCAUGCAUCAAACUAAACUUUAUGCAACGUCUUAUGAAGCGCUGCAUGCUUACAAAAAUCGCAAUAGUUUGGAUUUAUUGAUUGAAACAGUGAAAGCUAUGGUAAUACGUAUAGUUAGAGCUAUUCAAGCCGAGAUUAUUGUAGCUGAUUUAAAUAAGGAAAAUGAACACCUUGUACAAUAUGUAAAAGAUAUCGCUACACCCUUAAUCGAUGAACAUCUUAACAUAUCAUUAAUAAAUUCAUUUUAUGGUGAUUUACAUUUAACACAUAAUUACCAUCAAGAUAUUGUAAAUUAUUACAAAAAAAUUACUAAAGCACUCAGUGACAUCAAGUUCGAAGAUAGACCGAGAACGAGGUUACCAUUCAGCAUCACGGAUUUAGGAAAACCAGAAAACCGAAUAGUUCUUAGAGCAUUUUUAAGCAGCAGAGAUUUGGUGCGACCAACUUUGCACAAAGAAUUCCACUAUGGUGGUUUUGGAGCCAUGAUCUCUCGUUUCCUUUUCGAUCUGAUCAAGAAUAAAAAGUACGGAGUUCAGGAAAGUUAUGCUGACGAUUAUGACUGGCUGUUUACACAUGCUCGAUUUCCAAAAAAUACGACGCAAUGCUUCCCAGGCGUUUCAUUAAAGGCCGAAGAAGCUGAUGCAUAUGUGUCUGAGAUACUAGGCCUGCGUAUAGCCUACCAAGCCAUGAUCCAACAUUAUUUUCAUAAUAACGAAAGCAGAAAGGAACCCCUCGGAUUCGGUUAUUCAGGAGAUACGAUAUUUAUUUUAUCGUAUUUAAAGCACCACUGUUACUUCUCAGAAAAAAUGACUGUGGAUGUGCUGAGCAAUUGGGAGCCAUACCGCAGCGCAUUCUUCAACUGCCCAAGACAAGUGAAAAUGUCUCCGUGCACCUUCGAAAUUAUGUAAUCGAGCUAUCAAAAGUUUGAAUAAAACGAAUAAACCGACUAGCAGAAAAA